ACAUUUGCAAACAGACAGGAAUUACAUGAUAUAUGACUAUGAGUUCCUUCAAAUUUCUCUUCUUUGGAUUCUACCUAACCCUGUACUGAUUCAGAAUUCAAAGAUUUUCUCUUAUCGAGAUUAUUAGACUGCAAUGUAUCGUUCUCAUUUACUGCCACACUUUAUUAUUCUCAACUGUCCCCCACCGUAUUCUCCUAUUUAAAGGCCCCCAUGCAACACUAGGUCUCCCACACACACAUAUACACACAGAGAAAAAUGCCUAAGUGGUGCGUGAUUUUCGUGCUUGUUUCAGUUGUAGUUCAUGCAAAUGCACGCGAGAUGCCUAGUAAUGGUGGUGAUCAUGCUCAUGACGACCACACGCUACUAGUGCAUCCCAGUGCACCGGAGACAGAGUCACCUAACGCCGAGGGCCUUGACGACAAGAAGAAUUUUGUAUACGGAGGUGUUGGAGGAUUUGCAGGGAUGGGUGGUUUUGCGGGCAUUACUGGUGGUGUGCUGCCAAUCCUUGGUGGCGUCGGUCCAGGAAUCGGCAAGGUUGGUGGAAUAGGUGGGGUUGGGGGGAUAGGUGGGUAUAGUGGCAUUGGGGGUCUCGGUAGUGCAGGCGGUCUGGGUGGUGGCGGAGUUGGUACCGGCGGCAGCGUAGGUGGCGGAGUUGGUACUGGCGGCAGCGUAGGGGGCGGAUUUGGCGGCGCCGGUGGCCUGGGUGGUGCUGGUGGGCUUGCUGGCGGCCAUGGUGGCCUUUUCCCAAGUCCUUAAGUCAUGUCAUCCAUCGUUAAGUACGAUUUUCCAAUAAUUUGUUCACUUCGUAGGGUACCAGCCGUACGUACGUGGUCUUUGUUUCUGUGUUUUUAUGCUGUUUUGUUUUGGGGGUACUAGUGUACCUUCACUGUGGUCGUACGUUUAGCUGCCUCUUAUGAUCGGAGCUCCGAUGAUUGUGAUCAGUUCAUGUGUCUGUCAUUGCUGAUUUUAAUUUUCACGUUUUAGUUCUAAUUAUUGCUGUCAUUGAAGUAAUUUGGAGUCAGUGUAACUUGUGUGCUUCAUCA